AUGAGAGCCUCCGUCUUUCUCGCUCUUGCUAUCCUCGCUAUUACCGUUGUCGCUGCCUCUGUCGACGAAAAGACAUCUGAUGAUCUGAAGAAGAAAAUAAUGAUGCGAAUAGGUGAGACACGCCGCUUCUUCAGGGAGGAUCCUUUGGGUCAGAAGAUUAUCGACCACUUUCAAGAGCUGGUCUCCAUCUGCAAGGCUAUCAGAGAGCGAAUAAGGAAACGUCUCGGAGAGUACUUGAAGGGUCUUGAGAAUGAAUAA